CGGCGAGGUAUUUAGUAACAGGGCAGUAGCGAAGUGUCGUCAGUAACUUUUAACACUAGAACACGUGCGCACAGUUGUUUAGUGCUUCUAUUGUCCGUUUCUCAAAGGAGUGCGCGUCAGUAUUUAAAAGCCAAUUUCAAUCGCAAUUUUAAUUUUACGCCGAAAAGAAAAAAAUGCCUGCCGAUUCAGAGCUAACUUCUGUUUUGAUUCGCCGACAAGAACUAAACGAUGCUAUUGAUAACGGACAUGAAGUUAAACUUAAAUACCGAGUGAUCAACAUCUAUACCGAAUUUAAGGAGUUCUCAAGAAAGGAGAUAAAACAGUACGAAACAACUUUUAAAAAAUUUAACACAAAUAAGGAUGGGUACCUAACUUUACCAGAAUUAAAACGAAUGAUGGAGAUUUUGGGAGCCCCGCAAACUCAUGUGGCAUUAAAAGAAAUGAUUUCUGAAGUAGACGAAGAUGGAGAUGGUAGAUUAUGUUUUAGGGAAUUUUUGCUGGUUUACAGAAAAGCAAAAGCCGGGGAGUUGGAUUCCGACUCGGGUCUUGGACAAAUGGCAAAACUUACGGAAAUCAAUGUUGAUCAAGUUGGUGUUAAUGGAGCUAAGGAAUUUUUUGAAGCUAAGAUUGAAGAAAUCGCAAAAAAAAGUAAAUUUGAAAGUGAAAUAAUCCAAGAACAAGAAGAACGAAAACGUUUAGAAAUAGAGAAGGCAAACAGGAAACAGGAGUUUCUUCAAAAAGCUGCAAUUUUUAAUAAAUAAUCG